UCUAAAUCCACCUGAAACUCCUCGAUAGCAAGACUCACUUUAGCUUCCUUGCAUCCUUUCGAUUUUGUCCACUAUGAGUCCAUACAAGUCUUACAAAACCGGGGAAGGCUUCAACACCGCCCUAGGUGCCGGCUUGAACAGUACAUGGUCUGGGGCAGAUGCCGUCCAUGGUAUUGUCAAUGCUGGGGUUAAGAUCGAAGGUGCCGUUGCUGAGCACCAGUGGACCAAAGCGAGGGUCAACGAACAAUUGCAGAGAGCUCAGUACCCGGAUGGCAAGCCUAGGGUUGAUCACUCGGCGCAGUACCAGGCUGCGAACCCUACACUGAGCAAUCUUGGGAAUGACCAGCAACUUUAUAAUCGUGUCAAUGGGCAACGUUAGGAACGCGAUUGAGUACCGGAGGACUGGAUGUGCUGGAGAUGUUAAUCUGCUUGAUUUCGGAUAAGCAUGUGGUCGAAUUAUAUGGAGGAUAUUUUUUUACUCUUUGGUACGUUGGGCAUAACUAGGAUAACUGUCACAUUGCAUGUUAUGGAAUGCCACUAUUUGUCUAUCGAA